AUGGCGGAUGAAGGGAACGAAGACAGUUGGUUGUACGGCAAUUCGGGUCAGGAUGGAGCGGCGAGCGAUGCGGCCGCGACCACCGACGCUGAUACAACGGCAGGCGGCAAGGACAACGCGCUAUGGGAUGAGCAGGAAGAAUCACAAACCACAACCAGGGAUGCCGGUGAUACGGAGAAUCAACGACGCGGUUCGAACGAUCUCAGUAGUGCAGCGGAUGGCGAGAAUGGUCUUUCCGCCCAGGAACAGCAGUGCGAUGACAAUGCGAUGGAUUCGAGCGAUCUGCACCAGCGAGAUGGGGAUGUUCAUGCCCCGGAAGAGAGCAUGGAUGAUUCGCACUUGAUGGACGACGAUAGAACGGAAAGCGAACUGCGGGAGGAAGAAAGAUUGUCCGUCAAGCGUAAACCGACGGAGUCGGCCGAUCCAGACAAGGGUGAAGGGGACGGCGAAGUUGACGAAGAAGAGAAGUUGGAUGAAACGAACAAAACGGAUUCGGUCGAUGGGAAGGAUAAUGUGAAUGAUAGUGGCAAGGAUAAGGGAGAAUUAAGCGACAUGGAGAGCGAUAUCGAUAGCGAUGAAGACGACGAUAUAAAUGUCGUAAUCGGAGACAUCAAAUCGGGCCCCAGCUACAACAUCAUUAAGCAGCGCGGACCCAUCAUGUCAAACCAGACAGCAUCAAAUGCGGCCGGUGUGACAGACAAAACGAAACAGCCGGCCGGGAAGUUUAGCAUGGAAGAGUUUGAAAGUGUUGGCACGAUCAAUGGUGUCCCGGCACACGAAUUUAGCAUCGACUCGUUGGAUGAGAAACCCUGGCGCAAACCGGGUGCCGAUAUUACGGACUAUUUCAACUACGGAUUCAACGAGGAAACGUGGCGAUCGUAUUGCGAGCGACAGAAGCGUAUGAGGCAGCACGAGAGCGGGGUCGGAAUGGCGGGACUGACGAUAAACAACCCACAGGCCGCGCCUCCGAUGGGCAUGAUGCGUGAUAUGAGAAGGUCGGGUGGCCCAAUGGGUGGCGGACCGAUGGGAGGACCAAGAAAGAUGAACGGACCGAUCGAGGUGAUCGGCGGUGGUCCCGGCGGUCCGAUGGGUGGAGGACCGAUGGGAGGAAGAGGAGGCGAUGGUGGCGGAGGACGCAGAGAUGAUGGUAUGGCAAUGUCGAGCCAGCCGAAGGAGAACGUCAUUCAGGUGAUGACGGCGGACCGCAGGGAGUACAGCCGAACGGUAGUUGGGAACAAGUAUGAUCCAUCGAUGGGUGGUGGUCCACCAGGGUUCGGCGGUGGACCGCCAGAUUUUUAUCACCCCGAACCGGACUAUGCCGAUUAUUACGAUCCGAUGCAGGAAUCCCAGUGGGGUAAUGACAAUGGCAAUUGGCAACCGUCCGGUAUCAAAACGCUUACACCGUGCCCUCCGAUGAUGCACCCGGGUAUGGGUGGAAUGGGCCAACAACAACACAUGGACAUGAUGGGAGGUGGAGGAGGAGGUGAGCGGAUGGUGAUGCCUCCACCACAGCAGAUGCAGCAAGGUAUGGUGCCGGGACCGGGAAUGGGUCAAGGUGGUGGAAGGUUACAUCCGCCCGGAAUGGUUGCAGGAGGACCGCGUGGCGACAUGCGUAAUCCCAACGAUCGCAAACGAGGAGACCCACGCGAACGGGACCGUGAUCGUGAACCGCCGCGGAGAGAUCGUGAGCGUGAUCGAGAUCGUGGUCGCGAUCGGGAACGCGAACAUGACCGGGACCGGGAACGUGAUCGUGAUCGGAAAGAGCGAGAAAGAGGCGACCAUCGAUCGGAACGGGAUGCAAACCACAUUGCGCCGAAGGAAGAACUGGCAGUUGAUCCCAUUUUGGGUGUUGGAGUGGUUGUCGCGCCAGUAGCGUUAGCAACCGGAUCCACAUCUUCGGCAUCGCGCGACGACAAGGACAAACGUUCCACGAAGCCGGACCGUCACAAGGAUCGCCACCGAGAACGAUCCCGCAGUCGCGAAAGAUCCAAAUCGAGACGUUCCGAUAGGAGUCGAGAGCGAGAACAGCGACACAACCGCGAAAAGAAAAAGUCUCACCGGAAGGAUAAAGAAGAGGGAGAAUGA